GAUAAAAAAGUAAAAACAAAGAUUAAUUAAAUACAUUCAGAAGUUGAAAUCAAACUAUUGAAGCAACCACCGCGAUCGACCAUUUUGUCAGUGAUUACUGAUAAAGAAAAGUUAAAUUCAUAACCUUGAUACGAAUAUGUUUCAAAAUCAGAAUUCUGCCAAUAAUGGCGUCAUGGGUGGUGGAGCGACUACACUACCCACCGAUACAAAUAUGGAUCCAACACAGCAGCAACAACAAGCACAAAAUAUAAACUAUAAUAAUAUGCAGCAACAGCAACAGCAACAACAACAACAAAUGCAAGAACCAAAUACAAAUAAAAAUGUACGUAAAAAACCUUAUGUGAAAAUAACAGAACAGCCUGCCGGUAAAGCAUUACGGUUUCGAUAUGAAUGUGAGGGCCGUUCGGCUGGUUCGAUACCUGGCAUAAGUUCUACACCAGAAAAUAAAACUUUUCCAACUAUUGAAAUAGUUGGCUAUAAGGGACGUGCUGUUGUAGUAGUGUCUUGCGUGACGAAGGACAUGCCAUAUCGUCCACAUCCUCAUAAUUUAGUUGGGAAAGAGGGCUGUAAAAAGGGUGUCUGCACUUUGGAAAUUAACAGUGAAACUAUGCGUGCCGUUUUUAGUAAUUUAGGUAUACAAUGUGUCAAGAAAAAGGAUAUUGAGGCAGCGCUUAAGGCACGUGAGGAAAUACGCGUUGAUCCAUUUAAAACUGGUUUCUCGCAUCGUUUUCAACCUUCUAGCAUUGACUUAAAUUCCGUAAGAUUAUGUUUUCAAGUAUUUAUGGAAAGCGAACAGAAAGGACGAUUUACACAACCAUUACCUCCAGUUGUAUCCGAACCUAUAUAUGAUAAGAAAGCUAUGUCUGAUUUAGUUAUAUGUCGAUUAUGCAGUUGUUCGGCAUCUGUACUGGGUAAUACUCAGAUUAUAUUGUUGUGUGAAAAAGUAGCCAAAGAGGAUAUUGCUGUGAGAUUUUUCGAGGAGAAAAACGGACAAGUUUUUUGGGAAGCUUUUGGAGAAUUUCAACAUGCUGAUGUACAUAAGCAGACUGCCAUUACAUUUAAGACACCCAGAUAUCAUACGCUGGAUAUAACGGAACCCGCUAAGGUUAAUAUUCAGCUAAAGCGACCAUCAGACGGUGUUACGAGUGAUCCGUUACCAUUCGAAUAUGUGCCGCUCGAUUCAGGUAGGCAUAGAUUCUGGAAUUUACGCCAGAAUCUAAAAAGAAAAACAGAACCAGAAAUUUUUCAAGAUAUUUUGGCUGUGGCUGGAAAGGCAAAGCAACCAGUAACAGAAGUUAUUGAUUUGAAUACGCCAAUCACAGAACAGCAAGGUAUUGAGGUAUUUAAUAUUUUAGCAGCAAAAGACAUCGAUGAAGAGUUAAAACGUCGCACUGAAAAUGAAGUUGAUGCAAUUAUUGAUGAAAAAGUACGCGAAUUUGAAUUACAAGAUCAAAUUCACAAACUACAACAAAAAGAUUUGCAACAUGAUAUUCAACAAUUAGAUAUUCAACAAUUAGAUAUGCAACAACAAGUUAUGCAACAACAAGUUAUGCAACAACAAAAUUCACUAGAACAAGAUUUACAACAACCGAAUAUACAACAACCGAAUAUACAACAACAAAUUAUGCAGCAACAAGAUUUAGAACAAAAUAUACAACAACAUGAAUUGCAGCAACAGGAAAUUCAAGAACAAGAUAUUCAGCAACAGCAAUUAGCAUCUCAAUACGCAAUGGAAUCAAUGGAAGCUGAUCCAUCAAACCAGUUACAACAGCAACAACAGCUUGACCAACAACAAAUUCAACAAGCUCAGCAACAAUUUUUACAGGAACAAUUACAGAAAACUCAACUACAAGAGCCUCAGGAUCGUAUCGCUGAUUGGAUGAAAUACAGUGAUUUAAAUUGUACCGAUGUCUCCAUUAUUGAGAAUGAUUUUCCAAUGAGUUCACCAAGUGUAUACAAUAAUGAUAUGUCACCUUUUGAUGACUUUAUCAAUGACGUUACCGAACUCGAUAGCAUUGGUGAAGCUCGUACCUAUCCAACCGUAGAGAAUGAAAGUAUUAAUGAAAUAAAUGCUUUAGAUGGUGUAUUGUCCGGCCCAUCUGCUACUUUAGCUGAUGAAAUGGAUACAGAAGAUACUUUUGAUGAUGCUGCUACUUAUAGUAGCCUGCAAAUUGCUUUCAAGAAUCCGAUAAAUAUACCAAUGAACGAUUUAAUGCCACCAACACCUCCAGCUUCACAUUUAGCAUCAGAAGAUUCACAACAUUACGAUCAUGUUGAAGUUAUGACAAAAUCACCUAUAUCGACGAAUAUACUAACAAGUCAAGCGCCACCCAGACCAGCGCCAUCUAAACUUACUUCACCACAUAUGCAUGUUACAGCCGCUGAAGAAGAAAAAUUACCUCCCCUACCACCUAAACGUGUACGUAAGCAAGAUAACACGGAAAAUCGUUCAUUAGAAGCAAACUCAACAGAUACUUUAGAUCGGAAAUUACGGCAACAAACGCCUAUAAUAAUAAUGAAAACCCCAGAUCAAUCGCCUCCAACAAAACGCCUCCCACCUAAACCUGGUAGUAGUGGUAGUACACAAUCGAAACAAAAGAAACCUGGUUUCUUUUCAAAAUUAUUCUCACGUCGCAAGAGUAAAUCCGAUCUUAAUCAGAAUGGUGAACAUGUUUCGUUAGCUGGUUCAAGAGGCGGUUCUAAAACAACUAGCCCUAAUGCCAGUCGAGAACCAAGUAUUGGUCACUUUCAAAUGCACGAUUCAAAACGUGCAUCAAUGCGGUCAGUGAAAUCUUUGCAACCAACUUCGUCAUCUUUACCUACAAGCCCAGCUAAGAAUGCAUUAUAUAAAGGCGAAAAAAUUGGUAAACCAGUUGGUCGCAGUGUAAGUAGUGUUUCUGGAAAGCGACCGGCACAUCUAAAUGCAGAUGUUAUACAUAUACCACUAAAAGGCGAUAGUGUGAAUAGUUUACCGCACAAUGAGGGUUAUUCCAACGCCAGCACAAUAACACUUAGUAACCAUCUUGAUCGUAAAACUGUGUCGGCAUUACAAUUGGCUGAUAUACCAAUAUGUGAUGGUAAUAUGGAGCUGGUGGCUAUAGCCGAUCGUCAGAGUUUACGCAAUUUAUGCGAAGGUGCAUUUAAUGUAAAAUUAGAUCCUAAUGUGGAUUUGACAGAGGCAGAACAUUUUGCACUCUAUACUAGCAUACCGCCACAAGCUACCGCUAGUGAGUUCGAUGAAGCUUCAGCCUACUAUGCAGCUGUGGAUGCGGGUGAAAUACUGACGCCCGAAGAAAUAGCACAACGUUUGGAAGAAGCAAAUCGCUUAAAUUAAAGUCUUUUAAAAUAUGUUUACCUAUAAUAUAAACGUUAUAGAUCAUAUAUUUGGGAUAUUUUUUGAUAACAAAAAUACGUUUGUUAACCUUGAUUUCAUUGCGUAUGGAUGUUGUUGCUUGUGUGAUACGUAUUUGUUAAACGUAGUUUUCCUUUAUAGUUUAAUGAAAAUUAAAUUUACUACAAUCGAAUUAUGGAGAUAUAUAUUAAGAUAACGCAGCUACAGAAGAGUAACAAAAUUAUUUUUCGGUGGAAUUUUAUAUAAUAUUUUAUAGAUACAUUGAUUGGGCCAUUGUAUAGAAAAAGUAAUGAGGCUAAUUAAUACCUGAUGAGAUGCAAUUUUGUUACGUCGCUCAAAGCGCAUUGAUGAAUAUAAAAUAUAAUGAACAUAUUAGAAAAACUAUUAAAAGGAAAGAAAUUGUUGUAUCUAUCAAAAUAAUGAGAAUAAUUU